CUUCCAUAAAUAUAUAUAUAUAUAUAUAUAAUAAACGUAGUAAUUAGAAAGAUUAAAGAAGAUGAAGUACUACUUGGGAAGUAGUAGUGGUAGUAGUAGUCUUUUUGUGUUAUCUGUAAGUCUUUCCUUAUUAGUGAUAGCGGUCUUUGCGGGCGAAAGAAGCGACCACAGAUGUGGACCAGCUGUAGGGAACCCUCCAUGUGGAGGCGAUAGGUGCUGCAGCAUCAGUAAUUGGUGUGGUGGCGGAGCAAGCUACUGCAGCGGAAGAUACUGCCGAUACCAAUGUUGGUCCUCGACCUCGACCUCGAGCAGUAGUGGCGAGGCACUACUGCAACUCAUCAAAAACAAUGGCGGUGUAAGCAAGAUUCUUAGUGAAUCAGUUUAUAACGAAAUGUUUAAGCACAUGAAAGAUUGUCCAAGCCAAGGGUUCUACAACUACGACGCUUUCCUCAUUGCUGCUGCCUCUUUCCCUGCUUUUGCUACCACCGGUGAUGUUGCCACUCGUAAGAGAGAGCUAGCUGCUUUCUUCGGUCAAACAUCUCAAGCAACUACAGGUCAAAGUGAGAUGUAUGAUGAUUUAAUAGAUUCACAUGAAUGGGGAUAUUGUCAUAUCAACGGGACUGCUACUACUGCCACUACUACUACUACGGACCUUGAGAACGAUUAUUGCACUUCUUCUCAUUGGCCUUGCGCUUCUGCCCAAAAAUACAAUGGUCGAGGACCUGUGCAGCUCACUCACAACUACAAUUACGGGCUUGCUGGAGAAAGUCUUGGCUUAGAUUUGAUCAACGACCCUGAUUUGGUAGCAACAGACCCAAUUGUAUCGUUCAAGACAGCCAUAUGGUUCUGGAUGACUCAGCAUGACAACAAGCCUUCUUGCCAUGAUGUUGUUAUCAGUGCUAAUUAUUCCCAAGUGAAAGUGAUCCCCAGCUAUGGUGUGAUUGGAAACAUAAUCAAUGGAAAAAGACCUCCUAAUAAUAAUCUGGCAAUUGCCGAUACUAAUAGCGUCGGCUACUACAAGAGGUACUGUCACAUGUUAGGAGUGAGCUAUGGAGAUAACUUGAAAUAUUGGUACGACCAAUCGGCUGAUGCUCACAUCCAAAUGCCUACCAUCUAAGCAUAACGAUGAUAAGAGAAGACAAAAAAAGAUGGCUCUCUUUGGACAAAGAGGAAAUAUGCUCGACUAAGAACCACUUCAUUUUAUGUAUGUUAAAGAGGUUCGAUUUAUGUUGAUCUUCUUCGUGAUGAAUAAAUGAGCCACAACAAUAUUAUA